UGAUGAAGUAAAAUCACCCGCGAAGACGUACGUUAUUUGGGAUAAGGCAGAUAGAUACAUUUCCAUACACACACUUCAUUCCUUCCUUUCCCAAUGGCGACGCUGCAAUUCACAUUCUCAGACUCAACUACCACACUAUGCAGACCGUUAUCUCAAUUACCUUCUUCUAAAUCCACCAUCAUUCAUUCUCCGAGACCUCGAAGCUUCGUUGUUAAAGCUUCUCUCGAACCUUCCAGAACCAGAAGACAGUUCAUUGCAGAAACCACUGCUAUAUCAGUGCUGCUUCCUUCUCAGUUGGCCAAAUCCGAAGAAACUCUUUCUGAAUGGGAAAGAGUUUAUCUUCCUAUCGAUCCUGGUGUUGUUCUUCUUGAUAUCGCUUUUGUUCCUCAAGAUCCUAAUCAUGGUUUUCUUCUGGGGACGAGGCAAACCCUUUUGGAGACUAAAGAUGGAGGAAGAACUUGGGCUCCACGUUCUAUACCAUCUGCAGAAGAUGAAGAUUUUAACUAUAGGUUUAAUUCUAUCAGCUUCAAAGGGAAAGAAGGAUGGAUCGUAGGAAAACCUGCAAUUCUGUUGUACACUCCUGAUGCUGGAGAGAGUUGGGAAAGGAUACCACUCAGUGCUGAACUUCCUGGCGAUAUGGUAUACAUAAAGGCAACUAAUGAGAAGAGUGCGGAAAUGGUGACUGAUGAAGGUGCAAUAUAUGUUACCUCAAACAGAGGAUACAAUUGGAAGGCUGCUGUUCAGGAAUCGGUGUCGGCUACUCUUAAUAGAACAGUUUCUAGUGGUAUUAGUGGUGCAAGUUAUUACACUGGAACUUUCAAUACUGUCAAUCGAUCUCCCGAUGGAAGGUAUGUUGCAGUCUCAAGUCGUGGCAACUUCUACAUGACCUGGGAGCCUGGUCAGGCAUACUGGCAGCCACAUAACAGAGCAGUUGCCAGAAGAAUCCAGAACAUGGGAUGGAGAGCUGAUGGUGGUCUCUGGCUUCUUGUUCGUGGAGGUAGUCUUUUUCUCAGCAAAGGCACAGGGAUAACUGAAGAAUUUGAGGAAAUUCCUGUUCAAAGCCGAGGGUUCGGCAUUCUUGAUGUCGGGUAUCGUUCAACGGACGAGGCUUGGGCAGCAGGUGGCAGUGGUAUUCUCUUGAGAACCAAUAAUGGUGGCAAGUCAUGGAUCCGUGACAAAGCUGCUGACAACAUUGCUGCAAAUUUAUACUCAGUAAAGUUCAUUGACGACAAGAAGGGAUUUGUAUUGGGAAAUGAUGGAGUCUUGCUUCGCUACCUUGGAUAGAGCUUUAAUUUAGCAUGGUUUGUCAACUCGAUUGCAAUUUUGUAGCAGCAGAUUAAAUAUCCAUGCUUAGUAUUGAAGAGAGCUAUUGGAUCAAAUCAAUUCCUUGAUGUCAUACUGAAAAAUGUGAGGAGAUGUGGAAACAUUCUUAAUCACUAUGAAUAGAGCUGUAUUAUGUAAAUUUAACAUUGUAAUUGCCAUGCUACUAUUGCAUUUAAAUGAAAAGUGCUACACCUGUUGUAAUGUAGAA